AUGCCUGAGGUGCUGCGCCUCCCACCCCAGGCUGCCUGCAAGGGCCGUUGCUCCUCCUGUCAGCCAGGCACAAGGCGCCUGCUCCGAUGCCUUCACCCCUUCUCCCCCACUGGCUUCUGGGUCUUCCAGGUCACUCUUGGUGGCUGUGCUGGCGCCCUCUACAUGGGUCUCACUUUGUAUCAUGUCAUCUGGCUUUGGGAAAGUCAGGAGAAGGAGGAGACUCUGAUCCAUGAGGGAGAAAGUGAGAAUGCCUCUGGUCCUGGAAGCCCCCAAGUCCUACGGGCCUAUGUGGCACAGCUAGUGGUCAGGCUUCUGGUCCUUGAGGGGACAACCUUGAAAUUAUACCAUGUGUAUGGGUUCAGCGUGCUUACAGCUCCUUUACGUAAUAGCCGAGAGCCUUGCCUUGGUAGUAUAACCUGUUACCUGUCCUACGUUUGAAGACCAUUCAAGACCAUGUUUGGGGUCAGUGGGCUCUGUCUUCUUGUUCCAGCAGCUUUUUUGGGUGUGUGUGCUCCUGGGCCUGGGCGAUGGUGGAGGCCGGGAGCACAGAUCUCCUUCCCUAACUACUCCCCAACUUCAGAGAGCACCAGAAGAAGACUUUGAGAACCGUUGACAGAAAACUUCCCAGUGUGGUGGAGACCAAGAGCAUUCGAGGAAGCAGGCGAGCACUGA